AUGAAUCCUUCGAUUAACCAGAUUAAUGAUCCAAUCCAACCAAAACCGGUUUGGACUGCUUCGGCGAAAAAGAUUCUCGAAAAACUUAACAAAGAUCAAAAACUGGCCGUAAAUAAUGUGUUAAGUUUAAACAAAUAUGUAUAUCUAAUCCAGGGGCCGCCUGGAACGGGGAAAACAAAACUAAUAGUCUCGCUAAUUUGUAUUCUUAAAGUAAUAUUAGAUUCAAAAGUCAAAAUUUUGGUUACAGCCCCAAGUAAUUCUGCUGUUGACAUCAUUGCUAAACGAGUUAUUGAAUUUUACAAAGCUGUUCCAGAUUUGUUUGAAAGACUGGUAGAAUGUGGUUUAACACCUAAAAAGCCUAUAUUCGUUAUAACGCCGUACAAAGGUCAAUACGCUUUGUUGACUACUUUGCUAAAACCAUUCUCAGAUUUCAUCAAAGUUUCUACAAUCGACGCAGCACAAGGUAGCGAAGCUGAAAUAGUGAUAAUUUCAGCCGUUCGUUCUGAAAAGAUGGAAAUAGACAGCUCUGAGGGUCUAGUCCAUGUUGAUGAUAAUAAAUCCCUAGGUUUUGUUGCAGAUUACAGGAGAUUAAAUGUAGCUUUAACCAGAGCUCGCCAAGGCUUGUUCGUUGUUGGAAACGCCUUAUUAUUGCAAAAUAAUAACAUAUGGAAUAAUUUUAUUAAAAUGUUAAAAGACGACGCGUCGGAAAAUAACGUAAGCUAUGUUUGUUUAAGCGAUUCAAAAAAUGCGUCUGCUAAUAAAUGUAAUAAUUAUAAUUAG